AUGAAAUUUUUCAUUUGUGAGUACUCAGAGGAGAUUGAACGUCUGCGCCGUGACCUAAUGGCCAUGAGGGAAAAGAAUGGAGUGUACCUGGCCAAUGAGAACUACCAGGAGAUGAUUACAACCAUGGAGAUGCAGGCACAAGAAAUCACAGAGAAAAUCAGCCACAUUCGAGCCUUGGAGGAGGAGCUAGAGAAGAAGACUGAUCUGUUUACUGAAGUAUCUGGUAAGCUUGAGGAAACACAGGAAAAGCUCGAUACAACCAAGACUACUCUGUCAUGUACUCAGAAGCUGUUGCAUGACACAGCCCAAAAGCUGGAUGAGCAGAAGUACAUAGUAACAGAACAGAGCAAAACAGAGGAGAAACUGAAGAGUCAAGGCAAAGCCCUAAUUAACCAUGCAUCUUUAACUACUGGCGACCUCUCCAAGCUCUAUGAUAAACUGGAUCGUAAGAA